CACGCCGGAAGCGGAAGUUACCAGGACAGCCGGAAGUGGGUUCUUUCUCUUCCGUUCCGGCUCGGAACAUCAUGGCGCUGUUCGAGCAGAUGAGAGCAAACGUGGGCAAAUUACUGCGGGGAAUCGAUCGAUACAACCCCGAGAACCUGGCGACGUUGGAACGUUACGUGGAGACACAGGCCAAGGAAAACGCCUACGACCUGGAGGCCAACCUGGCCGUGCUGAAACUGUACCAGUUCAACCCUGCCUUCUUCCAGACCACGGUGACAGCUCAGAUCCUGCUCAAGGCUCUCACCAACCUCCCCCACACCGACUUCACCCUUUGCAAGUGCAUGAUCGACCAGGCCCAUCAGGAGGAGCGGCCCAUCAGGCAGAUCCUGUACCUGGGGGAGCUGCUGGAGACCUGCCACUUCCAGUCCUUCUGGCAAGCUCUAGAUGAGAACAUGGAGCUGUUGGAUGGCAUUGCUGGAUUUGAGGACUCCGUCCGGAAAUGUGAGGGGGAUUUUGGGGGGGGGUCUUUUGGGGAGGGGGAUAAGGGGUCUUUGGGCCCCCCAACACCCCCUAUUAACCCGUGUAUCCACCCACCACUUCAUCACCCCUAA